AGCAGUGAUGAUCAAGCUCUUCAACAUGCAAAGCUUAUGCAUUAUCACGUGAUGAAACAUUUUCUUAUGAGGAAAUCCAAAUAAUUCUGUUUAAUAGCUCUGUAUCUUGGCAUUUAGCCAACAAAGAAACAUUUAUGACUUUAUGUUAGAAGGGGCAUUUCCCUCUAGUCUAGGCUAUAGAAAAACAUGCUUCACAGCUGACGUACGAGAAUGUCGAAACCUGUAAACUUCUACUUCCCUGGGAAUUCCCGUUUGAAGAAGGAUAUAAAACACACACACACACCCUCUGUCACACAACAGACCACAGCUUCUCAUGAGAGAGACGAUCUAACAAACUCAUUCAUUCAAGAAAGAGAACUUACCACCCGACUGAAUGAUGGCCUGCAAGGGAUAUGAAAUGACACUGUCUUUAGACUAUGCAUACGAAGUUGACAGUGCGUUUGACUCUGACAGCACUGAUUAUGAUGAAAUGGACUGCUCAGAUCCACUAGCCAUGAGUGGGCGAUGCGACACGCAUGAAGGCAUCAAAGUGGAGAUGUUGACGCAUCCUCACAACAGUAUGAGACAGGUGGUGAACCUCAUUGUUGCUCUGCGGAGAAUGAAAUGCCUCAAACAACAGUCAACUGAAUUUAGGAAUGACGAACUGCUCAGAAUAUUCAUGGAUGAUGUGAUUGAAGAGCGGUGUGUGAAUUGGAAUCGGGAAACGGCACGUACCGGAAAAGGAUCCUACAAUAAGAGCAGCCGGAUCUUGCAGUGCACUGUGUGCGAUAAGUUCCAGAAAAGUCUUGUGCGGAGUGGUACGGAGUAUCAUUUGCAGGCCGUGACACUAAAAGCAGGCAACACUCAGCAGAAAGUUUGGUUCAGUCUAUCAACAUAUGUAUCUACAAAUCCCAGUGUGUCUAACUCCCAGCCGGUGUGCCUGGGAAUUUCCAAGAGCAACCUCUACCUUGCUUGUACCAAGCAAAACCCAACUGACAAUCCUACCCUGGUCUUAAAGGAGGUCACUGAUACCUUAAACACCAUCACAGCUGAUGAUCCAAAUGGGCUCCUCUUCUUCAGGAAAGAGACCGGUGUGUCUGUCAACACUUUUGAAUCUGUUAAAUAUCCCGGAUGGUUCAUUAGCACAGCUUUUGAUGAUUAUGAGCGAGUGAAUGUGUGCCAGGAACCAGCUGUGGACCGCAUCAAGAGCUUCAUGCUGAAUGAUGAAAAAAUAAUCCAGAGUUAAGAAUCAGAUUUGAUUCAGUAGACCCGUUUCCAGAGAGUAUGUACCAAGUACAAUGAAUAGUCUGGAUUUGUCUGUUGUUAUUAACCUGUUAGAUCUUGUUUGGAAGAUCCGUUUUUAAAUUAUAAUUUUUUUGCCAUAUACAAGUGAGGAAUAUGUUGUUGUAAUGGUAACAGGUAAAUUCACAUUGAAUUCUUUGUCAAUAUGAAUGUUUUUCUAUUGGAUUUGUAUUAUUGUAUCUAUUCAUAUUUAAUAUUUAUUUUAAAUUAUAUAAAGUAUCAUUGAAAAUCAAACUUUAUUUUACACUUGAUUUUUGUAUUUAAUUUUGUACUUAACUUUGAAUAAACUUAAAACAUGAACAUUACAUAA